GAUUGAAUUUAAUGACUAAGAUGUAGUAUUUAAAUUGUGAACUUUAGUACUAAAAUUUGAAUGAUAUGAUUGCUGGCAGUGAAAUACUGAAUCCCUCUCAGCUCCAAGGCCUCUCCCCAAGUCCAGGGCAAAACUUCACUACUACUUACACCACUCACAAUGCAAUGGAUGCAAAUGUGAGAAGCAUGGAUAUCGACUUUUUGCGACAAGAAGUAAAUCUGAAGAGAAAAAUUAACAACGAAGAGCUCCUGAAUCCAAAGAAAUUAAAAUAUGGAAUCACAUAUAAUGAAACUUCAGAUGAUAUGAGUAUCACUUCGCAGUGUUCAUCUCCUUAUAGUGAUUCCUCAACCAGCGAUAAAUUUAAUAGUGUGAGCACUUUAAUAUCUCCUGCUUAUGGAACUAUGGUCACAAAUGAGUCUGAUGGAGUAGGAAGUAACUCUGCCUCACCAAACAAUGACAGUGACUAUCCCAGUCAAAUUAUUAUACCACAUUCAGGAAGCCCAUAUGAAAACAUCACAUCUACAAGAACCUUCCAUUUCAAUAGCUUUGUGAGUCCCAUUAACAGGGAUGACUAUGGUAACCAAGACUGUUCACUUGUCCAGCAUGAUGUUUCUCAUGCUGGUAGCACUAUAGCAAGUUCUUCACCAUAUCCAGUCAAAGACAUCAGAAUACCAGAUGAAAAUUCAUUGAAUAAUAGCAAAGAUACUAAUGUAAAUUUGAAAUCCAGUAGUACCUUCAGUUCUGUUGAUUAUAACUCCUCCGGUGGAUUGCGACCUAAUAAACCUGAAGUUUAUAUCAACACCAGCUGUUGUAGUCCCACAAAUAAUGGAUUUGUGAUGUGUCCAGUUGCUGAUGAGAAAAAGAAUUGCGAGUUUAAGCUUUCAAAGAAGGCCCGACAGCAGGAACUUCGUGAACAACUCCAGAAAGCUGCAGAGAAGAAGAGAUUGGUUGUUGGGAAUUUUUACAAGGCUCUCAUUGACAAGACCUCAUCCAAUGUCACUGGACUGGAAAAGCAACCUACCAAGUUCCUUUGGUGGGUCUAUGUCCGUGGUGUUGACUACAACCUAGCGGAUGUUGUCAAAUCAGUCACUUUCACCCUGGAUGAAAGCUAUGCUCCUAACCAGGAGCUACAAGUCAAGAGUCCCUUUGAAAUCAUUGGUCCAAGCAGCAAGGAGUUCGAGUUACUAGUGACGCUGAACCCACUUAGACGAAAGAUCAGCAAAUUCUCGCGCGUGCGACACAAAAUAAAACUCGCUCAUCCCCUGGACCCCGGAGCAUUUUCUGGAGAAUGGAGGAUGGGUCGGGAGACGUUGUACACAGUCCCUAUUGUCGACAUCAAAAAACUGAUUGGCAGUGAUGCGCUCCAACCCUCUGCCGCGCCUGAUCUGCCAGUGUACAGCCCCACCUUCCUACCUCCUUCAUAUUGUGUACCUAAUCCCGAUACUGUCGUCAUCCCAAUGUAUCCUCACUCAAGUAAAGACCACGGUAAAGCCAUCCCGGACCAGAUAAAAGGCAUCCCUGUAGUGCAAGUACAGGUCCCUUCUGUGCUGCCUCACCUCAGAAAUUCAAAUGCUAACGGCCACGCCACCUUGAAGGCGUACAGUCUAACCGUUCAACCUCGUAACACUCAAGUCAAUGUUUCCCACCCUGAUAAUUUUCUGGCUCCUGCCUUGGCGAAUAACAACGUAAUUUUAGAGAACCAAGGAGUGACAGAAGUCUGUUUCAAGACAAGCGAAAUCAACAAUAGUGUUACUUCUGCAAAUGGUGUGCUUCCCGAGGCACACGAGCAUGUGGCGAGCAACGAUGUUAUGAGAACUAAUUUCUAUGACGGUCCUAGUGAUGAAGGUGAAAAAGAAACUAUGCAUAGAAAUUCAAAUUGUCAUGACUCUACGUCACCCAAACAAGAAAACGACCAAGUGGCAUCCUCUGCUGGAGUUAUGAGCCAGCUUAACAGCAUCCCUCAGCUCAUGGAUCCUAUAUUUGAACUGGAAAGUGUCAACGGCAUGUGCAGCGACGCGCCGUGGUCUAAUUUCUCAGCUUGUGAUGAAGAUGGUAGAGCCUCGGCAGGGCCGAUGGAACUCUUGGAAUCUGGUCAAGGUUUAAGGCUCCCGUCACUCAUGAACGAAAGUUUCAAUGCUUCAGACUACAAUAUUGACGAAGGACCUUUGCAAAAUAUGGUCAUACCAGUCUUUGAGUCGGAAGAGCUUUCUGAUUUCUUCAAUGACCUGGAAUCUGACAGCAAUGAAAACAGCCGAGCGAGCACAAGGUUGGCAUCCGUGGCGACUCCAACACCAAGUGAAUCAUUCGCCGAACUUGAUCAUGAUGAGGAAGUAUCUCAGGUGGAGGCUAGUGAAAGAGUCUUCCAACAGAUAUUCAAUGAUGUUGAUAAUAAGGACCUGUCAUGCCCUCGUGAUGAUGACACUCACCUACUUGUCCCCAAGAACAUCUUGGUCGAUGACUUUAGUGCAAUGAAUGAUAUGGCCAUAGGAAGCACCGUGGAAGUUGUCGACAGCAGUGAAAUUCCAAUUUCUAGUGAAGAAAUUCCAAUUUAUAGUGAAGAAAUUCCAAUUUCGAGUGAGGACAAUAACGGGGAAAACAGUCCGACCCUUCGGGAUCCCCUUGCUGGUUAUCCUUGGGCUCCAAUUGAAGAAAAACUCGCUAUGAACUUGCCCAGCCGUGCUGCGGCGCUGAAACCUAGUGAGACUCAAGUUAAGAAAUCACCAGGACGUCGAAAAAAGGCAGAGCCUUCAAACGAUGCAAGUGCUAAGAAGAAGUUGAAGGGAUCUUGCAUUAAACCUCAAGUCAAGUCAAUUUUGAAAGCUCUACCAUGGAAUUCAAACAACAUUGCGGACCUGAACAAGGAUCACACGAUCACGUUUGGUGAUUUGUUUGAACGAUUUUCAAGUAGUUCCAAAGAUUGUGCUUCGUCAUUGACUCCUGUGAAACAUUCGGCAUCUAAGUACGACGCUGUAACAGUAGACUGUGGUGUCGAGGAAAUCAAUGCCCCAGCUAACGUUGAUUUCAAUUUUGCACCCCCGUCUGGAAAUAAGACUCCUGCUUCCUCUACUUUUUCUGCAAAUCAGGUGACUAAUAUGUCAACUAUUCAAAAUGCAACUGUAAAUGAGGACUCUGAUGAUGAAGUACAAAUUGUUUCUGAGGUUAAGAAAAUUCCAUCCAACACACCCAAGCAGUUACUAAUGAAAGAAGAAGGACCCUUUGCUGGUAGGAUCAGCUCUUGUGUUAAUAAAAAUGAAAAAGCUGCGCUUCCUAGAAAACUUGCUGCUGUACCUCGCUUUAGUGGCAAGAACUUGAUUAACCUCCCUGCAGGCAUAGGUGCUACUGGUGGCAUGAAACUCGUGAAACUGGGACAAAUGCACGACCCAAAAGUGCGCCAGCUUGUUGCCUCGAUUACUAAAGGCAAUGCAAGUAACAUAUUGAGAUCUGACCAAGUUUUUGGGUUGACGCCUUCAAUCCAAAUUUCGACAGCUUGCAGCUCCACGAGAAAUGUGUGUCAGAUGUCAACUUCUAAUGACACUUCUACCGUCAACUCGCGGCCAUCACCUGCUGCAGCCACUUUAACAAAACGUGCUCAAACUUCUAAUGUCACCAUCCAAACCAGCGCUGCAAGUUCCGUGAUGAACUUCACCGUUAAGACAAGCACUGGAAUGAAAACGAUUCCUCUGAAAACUACGUCUAACUCUAAUUUGCAUUUGCUGCCUCUAAAUCAAAUUGUCCAAUCAUCUCUCAAUCAAGGCACGCUAAAAAAUAUUAUAGUUAAAACCAACGGUAAAGAUAUCACAAUUCCUGUUUCUCACGUAUCUACGUCAAAGCCUUCUAUACCGUUGAUCAAAUUCAAAACUGAAGGCGCUCCUGUGUCUACAAAGGUUAUUGCAAAAGGUUUGGGGGGCUCCACAGCGUCUGUGAACUCCUUCUCAAUAGUUCCGUCAUCGACCUCUAUUUCCACCGGCAUGGUCACUUCCACUGCUUUGCCCAGAAUUAUCUCAUCUGUUGUUAACUCGCGAAUUGCGCCCCUCAUUUCUACGGUUGCCGCUCCUAGUAUAGAAGCUGGUGUUAGCUGUAGUGUGGCAGACUCGUCAGUUAAUUCCAGUGUUAGUGGUGUGCGAUUGAUUACAUCUACUGCAAGCAACAUCAACUCGAACGCAACCGCUAACAUAGUUCCAAAUCCUCGCGUGUUAUCAGCAUCAGAGUUUUCCACUCUCACAUUGCCUUUUUCAUCUCAGUCUGGUGGUCUCCUGAAAGUUAUACCUCGAUCGUCCUUAGUCAAAUCUAGUGCUGGAGGCAAACUUAACAUUAUUAAAGUUUCAAACUUACAAAACUUACCGCUUGGCACUAAGAUUAAACUGCAACCAGGUGUAGCUGAGGCGCUACUCCAGAAAAACAAGUUAAUUGUGAAUAAUCAGCAGCAGUCUCAGCCAGCUAACGCUCGUAUGAACGCAACGUUGCACAAGAUUCUUCCACUUAAAUUAGACGUAAGUAAAUCUCUCACGGAUCCCAGUCCGAUAAUAAUUGCAAGUACUUGUGCUGGAUCCAACUCUACUGAUAAUGUAGACAAUUAUCCUUGUAGUAGCAAUUUUGGCGCGCAUGAGAGCCAUGCAUGUGGUGUAGUUAAUACUAUUUGUAGUUCAAAAGACUCUAUCUUGUCAACAGCGGCAAACCAGCGGUCUGUUCCAGUGAUGUCCGAUACCGUUCACCUCUCAUCUGCCUGUAUUCCGUCGAGUAUCAUCACCCCUGCAAAUAACACUCAUUCCCCUAAAGUUGACUCUUUCGAUUUGGGUAAUGUUUCGGAUGUUACACCUAUUUUCGGUUCUGGAUUAACAAAUGCAGAAGUUUUGGAUGAGAAUACUGUAAGUUUGGAUGCGUUCACGGGCGCUGUGAAUGAAUGUGCUACUGAUGUAGAGCCUGAAUCUAAGUUACCUGAAAAAUUCAUUCUCGAUAAUGUCUCUGUUCCAAUAAACGAUACAUGUGAAAAUAGUGCCAGUGAUUGCUAUGGAACUAAGUUAUCUGUUGCUCAGUUAGAUUUGAAAUCGUCAUGUGCGACUGUUGGUAAACUGCCAAUUUCGAAGAAUAUGCGCGUCAUGGAACAGGUAUUGGUGCCUUGCAGUGUUGGUGACAAGCAUUUCGAUAUGCCCAGUAGUAAUAAAAGCAUAAUUUUUGUGAAUUCUAAGGAAAAAUCUGUUAAAUUUUUACCUUCAAAACCUGAUAUUGUGAACGAAAGUGGUCCAAACAAUUCCAAGGAGUCUAUUAACGCUUCUGAACCAUUAAUACGAAACUCUGAUCUUAAUAUGAACUUUCUAUCAAAACUGACAUGCGGUAAUAAGAAGUUUACUUUCUCUCGAGCUUCUCUUGGCCAGCCUGUUAUUAUCAAUGGCCAAAAAGCGUACAACAUCAAAUCUCUACCGGAUGUCAUGAAAAUUCCCACAACCCUUGCCACUCAUAAUGGCUCCGGUUUAAAAAUCAUGAAUGCGAAUACUCUAGUUAAGUCUUCACAAUCGUUUCGUUUUGUGAGAACGAGUGACCUACCUCAACACCUCUCAAACAAGUCUCAAGAAAUGCUUGGUAAAUCGUGCGUAUCGGUCAAUUCGUACCUCCGUACUCGUGAGCAAAAGCCUGAGUUCUUAAACUCUUUUCCAUUGGAUGCUUCUUCUCUUGUCGGAAGUUUCAAGCACGCCAAUGGAAUGAUCAAAUGUGAGGAACAGGACCAAGACCUCGAUGACAUGCCCAUGGAAGAGUUAGCCGCCUUGUCCAAGUACCGGAGAGCCAAACUUGAGGCCAAGAAAGAACAAAAACUUCUCAAAAAUAUGUAUUACCUGGAAUCAGCGUGUGGCGCUGCCCACACGCACUGCAAUCCCAGCAUGCUCAUCCGCUUGGCAGUGCGAGCCUUGCCCCUUGUUCUGCCUGUUAGCCACGAACAGUGCUCAUCAUCUUCUCUAUCUGCCACCUCAAGUUUAGCAUCUAAUAACGGCGCCAAAACGACUCGCACUUCAUUCUUUAAUGCUGCGGCUUUCAAACGCACGGAUCGAAAUAGUUCCCUCAAUCCCUGCGAAAAAAACUUUGAGAACUUCUCUAAAAACAAACUAACUUCACCAGUUUACAACAAUGGUAAACAGUCGUCAGGUCAUCGUAUCACUGAUAUGUGUAACAGAAGCCAGCCUCCGGCCUCUGUCAAAGCCGUUGAUGCAACUGCUGUCGUCGUGGACGUAUCCACCCCUCAACUCGUGAUGCGGAGAGCAAAGAUCUCCCAGGAAGAGUUUCUGCGCUGGCCGUUCGCCAAGCAGCGGGCGGCUGAGUACUGGCGAGCGCGCUUGGUGCUUCAUCAUAUGCGUCGCUGCUGUUCAUCGUGCGCAUCGCUGUGGUCGCUGCGGUCCGUGGUGGCCUGGGCACGUCAGAACGGCCAUACGCCGUGCCCGUAUCGCGACGUCUUCCUUAAAACAGACUGGUACAUCCCUGAAGCUCGACUUGAGUACCUGCAUAAUAAGCUCAAGCGCGAGCAGGAGAGUCGCUCUCUCGCAGGACUAAGAGAAGACAUUCCUCCUCACCAAAUGAGUCUUCAGGAGCUGGUGGAAACGAUUGUUGGUGACGCUCUAAAGUCUACCUUUACACUGCCUGCGAUGAGCAGCAGUGGAAAAAACGAGCCUGAGAAUGCAGAAGAAACUUCACUGAAACCGACCUCAGAAAUUCAUGUGUCUUGGGAACAGAUUGUCUCAACGAAUCCGCGAAUGUCCUGCCUGCCAAAGAAGAACCCGGACUUGGCUCCUGCCCUUCCUGCAUCGGCUACAACCAACACCGAUCCACAGCCCAAGAGCAUUGCGGUAGCUUCAUCCGCAUCAAAUUGUGCUCCAGUUCGCUCAUCAGAAGUUACUAUUAAGACUGAAUGCGAAGACGACAGUGAAGAUGAUUCUGACAUCCAUGGAUCCAUUAAUGACGACGGUAGCUCCGUUUUCUCAAUAAGCAACCAUUGGGAUACGGUAUCUGGCUUGCUUAUUGGGGUAACGCCUAAACUCGAAAACUCUUCAACAUCACAAAAAAUUGAGUUCAGCGGGGAAACCUCUAGCAGUGCAGAGAGCAAAAUCGCUCCGAAAAUCGAAAGUGGAUCCCAGGAUAAUGCUGCUCAGCCAAGGCAUUCUGUGCUGCCUGAAGCCCACGUGUCUCUAGACGAAGGCUGUUCUGCUGUAAGAAGAAUGGCUUGUAUCACUGAAAGGCCGUUAGCGCCCUUCAGCGAACUCCUUCCUGGGGUGAAAGGCGAUUAUUUUGGCAGCUGUAAAGACGCCAUCGUGGCCGAUACCGCCGGCCUUGUUCUUUUUACGUCACUGAACCUGUUCAUGGAUGAUCUUAUACGCUCGUCGCUGGCGGCUGCUUGGACUUGUAAAGGCAAAAGUCGUCGUCCACAAGAGCCUCAGGUUGGCGAGUCCUGCACAAACCCAGGCCAAUCAUCAGAUCCCUGCGAGGAUAGUGUGCGGCAAGCGAAGUACGUCGAAGUUUCUCCAUCUUAUAAGAAAGAUCUAUCUACUAAAAAUAUGAAAGCACCUGUAGAGUCCAAAUGCAUGAAAAAUACAAGUAAAGUUUCUCUGGAGCGCAAGCAAAGAGCGACUGCAAGCAAAAUCCCUCUGCGGAUACCACAAGGAAAAAGGGGUUUGAAGACGCUUAUUCACGGCCAUUCGGAGAUGAAAACUGACGCUGAGUGUGGAUAUGUUUUACCCAGCCAAAAAUUGAACGUUAGAGGGAGAAAACGUAAAUUUUCGCAAAACUGUCAGACUUCUCAUUCUAGAAAAAAUGCAACUGGCAAAAAAAUUGAAUUACGGAAAGAUUCACUUCAAAAUCUGAAACCAACUAAAUCAUCACCAAUUGGCUCUCAGACAAAUGGGGCUCGGAAAAUUGUUUCCAAAUCUUCUGGUCAUCGACUUCGGGCUACGAGUUGUGGACCGGUCAGAGAACUUACCACGAAGCAUGUGAAGCGGGCGCUGUUCUUCACAAGGCCGCAAUUUAAAAUCAUUGGCUUAAAAGUGGCCUCUGGUGCCGCCAAGUAUGAGCCCGUGUAAUGGUUCUGUUUGUUUUCCUUUUCUAUGUUCUUUCAUCACUGAUGAGGAGGUUUUGGACGGUGAUCCAAUAAAGAAAGUUGACUGAACAGCUACUAUUUGAAUCGAGAAAACUAUUUGUUGAAAUUAAAAUCAGCAAUCUUCAGAAAGAUGGACCGAUAUAUGAUUCAGUUGUACGAGUCAUUAAUUUUUUAAAGCAAGAGAAAAUUUUGAAGUAUGAAUCUUGAAAAGUUGGUGACAGUGCAUUGAUUGCUGGUAACAAAUAUAUGCACGUCAUACGUCUCUCUUUCCAACUCUUGAAUCUGGUUUCUUAGAGAACUCGUUCAGAAGCCGUAAUUUAUUAUUAAUUAAAUCUAUUUGAAGUGACUUUACUUGGUGAACUCUUUGCCUAGUAUAAAAGUGUAUGUGAAUGCUUUGCUGAGGAGGAACGUUGCACAUUGGAUCAAAACUUUGUUUAUGGUGUUGUUUACUUUAAUUAUUCUUCACAUGACUGUAGUUUCUUGAAUCUUACUCUUACUGUUUCAAAGGAAUUUUUACAUUUGUUAUUUUGUGCUAAAAUGAAUGGUGGAGCGCUAAUUUCCAGAGCUCCAAACUUACGUGGUGCGUUGGACGGCCUCUGUAAGGUUUUCUUGUUAAAACUCGUUUUCGCAAUGCCCACUUGACGCAACGCUAACAAUCGUCGACUUGUUUUUUUUUUCUCACCCAAUUCACUCGGAUGCUGUGAAGCAGCGUGGGUUGAGUUUUAUAUUUGAGCGCAGCAAUGAUGGAAGUUCGGAACUUUAUUGUCUUGAUAGGGCCAGCUGAACUGACAUGGGUAUGGGGUGGUUAAUCCGAAUUUUUUUUAGUUUCUAGGGUGCUUCCUAAUAGGCAAAAAUAUUGAGAAUUUUUUCUUCCACGUUUUCGUACUAAUGAAUAACGUGAUUGAUAUCAGGACCAGUUUCUCUCGGAUGUCGUCUCUGUUUUCAAAUGGAUUCCGUUGAUAUUUUGUUGAAAAGAUUAUUCUUAUAUUCCAUGCUAUAUUUUUUGCGGAACUUCCUUGUAAAAGAUUUACUGUGUGAUUUUCUUUUGUAAUUUCAAAAGUAUUUAAGACAGGAAUACCAUUUUUCUACUUCAACCAGGAUUAUUUAAUUUUUGUGGAUAUUUAUUGAUUUCUUUCAAACGAUUGUUGUAGGGGAAAAUGAUUACCCAAAGGUGGCAUUAUUAAUACGAAAUCUCAAUCAAAUAAAUUCCUCUCUCCUGCUCCCUUAUAUCAACUAGUCGGCAUUAAUGAUGUAGAAAAAUGGUCAUGCUUUCACAUUCUGUGCGAUGGCACUGUACCAUUCAACAAAAUGUUUUAUGCCCCAAAUUAUCUGUUUAAAAAACUGACAGCACUGCCAACCGAUGAGAGAUCCGGAAGUUCAAUCUAUGUUUCAUUUGUCACUUCCAAGUUAUGUGUUUUGGCACUCCUGGCAUACUUUUCUGUUAACGCGUCCAGCGCCGUGGUAAAUUGACUUAUUACUGUCAACUGAGGUGUGGAUAGCGUGGUCACUCGCUCUUUAGCUCAAGGAAAUCCAAAACUAGACGAGGGGGGUACGUCGACGUCGCCAUGCUUCUUUUUUGCUGCGGAAAAACUUUUCUUUGUCUUUUACUUGCGUCAUUUGCAAUUUUGGCUUCCGAUGUUUGGAUUCUAUAGCGGAAGUUUGUAUCGUUUCUUGUCUUUUUUAUGAAAUUUGUGUUUCAACUUUCGUAAUGUAAUGCAGUAAAUUUAAUAUCAUUAGCAACGUUUCUUAUAUUCGUUCAGAGUGCAUGGUUUCUCAUUUCACCAUUACGCUUGUCUCCAGGUGAUCCAAAAUUUCGCCUUAGCAGGCAUGUUCAUAAAUUUUUGUGCUCGAAGAAUUCGCCUCAACACGCAAGCUCUUGUAUAAUCCUGUCAUUUUUCAUUUCCUAAUCAAUGCACUUUUUGUACUACAGCAGUCAUGGUGUCAUGUAACGAGUGUUUCUUCGAAGUUAACCAAGUUGUAUUAGGAUGAGACACUUUCUGUUGAGUUAUUAAGCAAUACCAUGCCUUUGUUCGAAUCGUAGUUAUUAUUUCACUUAUUACUCGAGCGCCCGUCGCGAGCUUUAGACAGCUCAUGUUCUGAGUGUUGUAGGAUUAUCUUGAACGAUGUAAAUAGACAGUUCUGGUGCAUGAAACCAAGUCCUGUGAGUCGUAUUUAACGCCGAAAUGUGUGAAUUAAUUUACUUUACAUAUUGAUACUGAAUAAGUGUUGAGGAUUUUUGUCAAUUUUGUACUGAAUUCUAACAAUUGACGCGUUAGGUAAUUGUGUAUCAUAUGUAAAAGCGAAAAAGCUCUAUUUUAUUCGUGAGCUUUAAAUAUUUUAAUACGCGCUUACUGCAGUAGGUUCUUUAGCUUCGCGUUUCUUCGCCUGUAUGCAUGGCUGCGUUGGUUCAGUCACUUUCGGAAUAGGAGAAGUAAGGUUAGUUUGUGUAGCUUAUCUUAUUUUCUCGUGUCUGCAUUCUGCUAUCAAAAAUCGCUACCUAAUAAAUAAUUAUGAAUAUAAUCUAAGCAUUCAGAAUUCAAUUAAUCAAUGUUUAUUAGUGCAUGAUAGCAGUGACCAGUGAUUGCCUUGACUACAGUCUGUGAUAUGGAGCUAUGCUAGCGUAGGUAAAAAUACAGCCAUAUUAUUCAGUUUCUGCGCUAAAAAUAGUGCAGCAAGUGGUAAUCAUGUAAAAUGUUCCUAUGAUACGAUCUGCAAUGUUCAAUCUUAACCUCCUACAGUUCAACUUAUGUUGCCUUGUUGGAGAUGACUUGGAUGCCUUGUAGAUUCUUAAUGUAAAAGUUCCACAUUCAAACGCUGUUCUAAAUGUUCUAUAAUUACUGAUACGAUAUACCUUUGCUUUGAAUACUCUUUGCAUGUUAUUGCUGAGUUUCGCCCAUGCACAUUGUUGAUUUCACUGACCGCCCUAUUGAAUUGUUCUGGAAUCGUAGUGACAAGUUUAGCACUGUACGGAAUUUUGAAGGAAAAUAUUGCGAACAGGACAAAAUAUGAAAAUCGUGUGUGAGGGUUUGAGUGUGAACCAAGUAAAGAUAGCCUAUGAGCGUGGAGCUAUCUUCUCUAACAAUACUUCUGCGAAGCUAGUAACCUUAAAAUUUAUAAUAUAAAUGCCUGAAGUGUUUACACUUGUUCAGAAUUGAACUUGCUAAACAAGGAAGUACCUCUUAAAUUAACGCACCUCACAGAACUCACGGUGAACAUAAUAAAUUUUGAGAAUAUUAUUCAAUAUCUUUUGGUGGCGUUUUCCAUUUUGAAAAGGAUUGAGUAGCAUGCCACAACAAGCACGAAAUUUGUCAGUGUGCAUACGUACGUAUACUAGGAAAUAAUUUUUACGUAUCCAUGAUCUCGCUUGUUAUUUUUUUCAGGACGAUUAAAGCUCUACAUUUCCUUAACAUGACGCAAGUUCGCUUCAGGUUUCCUCCAAUUAAGUUCCCGAUUGCACAGGUUUCAGUUACUUUUCUCAGGUUUAUUGACUUGCCUUCGUUUCAGCCCUGCUCUAACUUUUGUUAUUGUUGAUGGAGCGGUAGCAUUGUUGCGUGGAGUUUACCUUUUUCGUUGUUAUUAUGAUAAUCGCAGUUAUUCGUUACGUUCGUUGUCCCGAUAUGUCUUGCUCCCCUCACUGGUAGUUUAUUUUUAGUCAUGAAUGCAGGCAAUUUAAACCAUCUUCGAGCUUCAUUUGUUCUGCCAGCAGGUGAUAUAAUUACUCUCCUUGUAAAAAAUUUUAUUUCAGUGGAUUUUUGGCAACGUAGAUUAGUGACAGACUCUUUUUUUGUGCGUUUAAAUCGUCAAAUUUGUCUGACUGACUUGAAUAAGAAUUUCGAAACGUUUGCAAAAGUUGAAUUAGAAGCUGUAGUCAAGUCUACUUUGGAUUACGAGUGUAAGCAGAAAAUGUUUAUUUUUCAAAUAAAUGUCCUGUGUAUA